AAUACAGAGUCAGUCAACAAAUUAUUAUAACCAAACCAACUGCAUCCAUCCAAUACUAUUCUUUCUUUGCUGCUCAAAAUAAGCUUGAUUUGAUUUUUGUUGCACACUAUGGCUGCUGAAUUGGUUGUUGGUGCUUUGGUCUCUUCUUCACUUGAGUUCUUGUUUGAGAAAUUGGUGUCUGAGCAAAUAUCCCAGCUGUUUCAGGGAAAGAAUAAGCCCAUUCUGAAGCUUCUGGACAAGCUCAACACUAAGCUCUUAUCAGCUAAUGCACUCUUCAAUGAUGCUGAGGAGAAGCAACUGAGAGAUGACAAUGUCAAGAAGUGGCUUUUCAAGCUUCAAGAUGGCAUCUAUCAAGCCAACGACUUGGUGGACAUGAUGGACUAUGAAGCUCUCCGAUCCAAGAUUAAACGUGAUCAACCUGGCAGUCGCGCAACCAAGAUGUUUCACCAACUGAGAUCCAUGCCACCCUUUGUGUUUAACUUUCAAAAAGCUGUACAGAGUGAUGCCACUGAGAUCCUUGUUAAACUAGAUGAUCUUCUUGCUCAAAAGGAUGCUCUUGGCUUGAGAGAAGGUGUUCAAAACAAUUUUACUCAAAAGCCACCUGCUCCUUUAGUCGAAGAAUCCGAUGUUUAUGGGAGGCAUGCUGAAAAGGAGACCAUUGUUGAUUUGCUGCUGAGAGAUGAUACAGUUGAUGGAGGAAAUGCUAUUUCUGUCAUUCCGAUCGUCGGGAUGGGUGGUGUUGGCAAAACCACUCUUGCUCAACUUGUUUAUGAUGAUGAUCGAGUUAGAAAACAUUUCGAGCUAAGAGUAUGGGUUACUGUUUCAGAUGAGUUUGAUAUUUCAAAGAUAACAAGAGAGAUCUUUGAGGGGGUCACUUCCAACAAAUGUGAAAUCGAGAACCCAGAUGAAAUUCGAAGAAGAUUAAAGGAAGCAUUGCAGGGGAAGAAGUUUAUGUUUGUUCAUGACGAUGUUUGGAAUGAGUCUUAUACUUUGUGGGACUCUUUGAAGAGUUGUUUCGAUUCUGGAGCAAAUGGAAGUAAAAUUGUAGUCACUACUCGAAGUGAAAGUGUCGCCUCUACUAUGGCCACUGGGGAUAUUCAUCAUCUCCGGAUUUUAUCAAAUGAAGAUUGUUGGCAAUUAUUUGUCAAACAUGCUUUUAGAAACAAUGACAAUCUCGAUACUAAGUGCAAAGAUUUGGAAGUACUUGGUAGACAAAUUGUGGAAAAAUGCAAAGGUCUUCCUUUAGCUAUAAAAUCUCUCGGUGGAUUAUUGCGCUCUGAACGAAAUUCUAAGAAAUGGGAAGAUAUACUUAUGAGUGACACAUGGAAGGAGUUGUACAAGAAGGAGGGUUCCAUUCUUCCAGCGUUAUGGUUGAGCUAUCGUCACUUACCUGGACAUCUCAAGCAAUGUUUUGCUUAUUGUUCUAUAUUCCCUAAAGAUUAUGAAUUUGAAAGAAAAGAAUUGAUUUUGCUGUGGAUGGCUGAAGGUUUUUUGUCACUUGAUAAAAAAGGUAAAAAGAUGGAGGAAUAUGGGGAGGAAUACCUUGAGGAACUUUUAUCAAGGUCAUUGUUUCAAUAUUCAAAUAAAGAAAAAUCAUUGCUCCAAAUGCAUGACCUGCUACAUGAUUUGGCCAUAUUCGUAUCAAAUGACUUUUGCUUUAGGUUGGAUUUGAGUAAUGAUUUGCUUGAACUUCCAGCAAAUACACGACACUUGUCAUUUUUGAAGAAGGCAAAUUACAAAGUCCACAAAGGCAAGGGAUUACAUGAAGCCAAGGGCUUGCGUACCUUUCUAGCAAUAUCAUUCCAAUCAAAUAGGUAUUACUGGAGUAUGGAGUGUGAUAUGUUUCUUACAUGUGGAAGUUGUUUAAGAGUUCUUUCUUUAAGUCAACGUUAUAUGGAGAAGCUACCUCAUUCCAUUGGUAAUCUAAAGCAUUUGAGGUACCUGGACUUGUCUGACACUUCAAUUAGAGAAUUACCUGAUUCAGUUUGUAAUUUAUACAAUUUACAGACUUUAUUAUUAUUUGGGUGUAAUUUUCUUCGUGAAUUACCCAAGAAGAUAGGAAGGUUAAUCAACUUGCGAUAUCUAGAUAUUGAUCGUGUACCUCUGAAAGAGCCUCCUCAAGAACUUAGUAGCAUAAAACACUUGUAUUUUUUAUCCCAUGUCACUUUGAGUGGUGAUAGAAAUAGUGGAGGAUUUAAAAUGAAUAAGGUAGGAGAACUUGGGAAUUUACGGUGCAUUUCUGGUUUGGAAACUAUCAAGGAUGCAAGAGAAGCUUCAGAGGCUAAUAUGAAGGAUAAGAAGUGCCUUUCUAAACUGACUUUGAGGUGGGAUGAUAAUGGCAGUGUAGCUGAUGAUUCAGCAAAAGAAAAAGAAAAGGACAUACUUGAUGCACUUCGGCCACAUACAAACUUGGAGCAUCUUGAGAUUGAAUGUUACAAAGGUACAACAUUCUCUGACUGGAUUGUAGACUCUGCAUUUUCUAAGUUAGUAUCAGUCAGCUUUAUUGAUUGUAAGAAUUGUAGUAUUUUACCCCCACUUGGGAAGCUGGCAUUUCUCAAAGAUCUCACAAUUAAGGGAUGUGAUAGUGUGAUCUCAAUAGGUGAUGAGAUUCCUCAUGAUCAAGGUCUUCUUCUAUUCAGAUGUCUAGAAUCAUUAAGGAUUGCAGAUAUGAUGGAGUGGAAAAAUUGGUCAUUUGCUAUUCUUGAAGAAGAAGGUCAAAUAUUAUUCCCUCUUCUUCAAUCACUUCAUUUGAAGAAUUGUCCAAAGCUUAAAGUUGGGUUACCUGGUUAUCUUUCAUCCUUGGAAUGUCUGAGUAUCAGUAAUUGUGAACAAAUGGUGGGUUUGGUCCCGAGAACUACUCAACAGACCGUCAUAGGCACAGCCCUUUCCUCUCUUGCCUAUCUAUGGAUAAGGGGUUGUCCAAUGUUGGAAUCACUUCUAGACUGGGGAUCACUCUCCAAAGUAAAGAUGAUUGAAUUAUGUAAGUGCAAAAGGCUCUUUGAGAACCGUAAGCAAUGGGAUCUGCAUAGACUCUCCUCUUUGGAAUCCUUAGUUAUCAAGGGUUGGGAAGAUGAUUCUUUUCUAGAUGAGGGGUUCCUUCCGACCACUCUGAAGAAACUUGAAUUUUCGGAUUGUAGUAAGCUUGAAAGCCUAAAUGGCAAGGCCUUUCAACAACUCACAUCCCUUACUUUCUUAUAUAUUAUUAAUUGUGAAAGGCUGCGGUGCUUGCCCGAAGAACUCCUACCUACUUCCCUUUCUGAAUUAAGAAUAUGGAAAUGUCCUUUGCUAAAGCAACGGUGUAAGAAAAGAGGAGAAGAUUGGCCUAAGAUUCAACACAUUGGAUAUGUGACAUUGGAUUCUGCAGUGAUGUCUGUAGGUAUGUAA